GGGUGUCCAUGAUAAUUGUCCUUUGACGACCGCCAGCGCUGCGUGCAGUCCAACGCCGCUCCCGCGAUUUCUUCUGCGGAAGGACGAGAAGGGUUAGGGUUAGGUCUGCGAUGGUGGAGGGAGAAAGGUCGGCGGUGACCGACGAGGCGUCAGCGGCAGAGGGGAGGGUGGAGGUGGGACGGCCCGCGGUGUUGCUCGUGUGCGGGAGCCUGGUGUACUACCACUGCGCGUUCCGCGGGUCGAGUCUUCUAUCCCUCGUCUCCGAUGUCCUUAUCGUUCUCCUCUGCUCCCUCGCCAUCCUCGGCAUGCUGUUACGCCAGAUGAACAUCUCGGUACCUGUGGAUCCUCUUGAAUGGCAGAUAUCACAGGACAUGGCCAACACCAUUGUUGCUUGCUUGGCCAAUACAGUUGGAGCAGCAGAGUCUGUGUUAAGGGUUGCCGCAACAGGGCAUGACAAGAGGCUGUUCCUUAAGGUGGUUCUCACUCUCUACCUCUUGUCAACUUUGGGACGAGCAGCUUCAGGUGUUACAAUUGCUUAUGCUGGAUUGUGCUUGUUAUGUCUCUACUUCUUUGCGCGAAGUUUGGAGCUCAUAUCCAGGUGCACUUCUCAGUUCUCCAAGAGAAGCGACUCUUCAGCCGGAGAUCAAGAUGUCAUGUAACAUUAACAUUUACACAUUUACCUUCAAGACUCUUUCUUCAAAGGUUGAUUCCAAUUUCUAUGGACUGCUUCCAAAAACUCUGGUUAAUUCCAUUUGGUUCACUGCAAUGUGACUGUGUAUACACAUUUACAUUAUGAAAGAUAACUCCAGAAAAUAAAUACCAUCUCUUA